GUAUUGUAAUUUUUCAUCGGUUAGUUGUUUUUCCGAGUGUCCCUAAAUGCAGCACUCGGUCGCCGUAGCAACGAGUCGCAAAACGCAGCACUGCAACACUCUGCUGGAAUCUUCGCGCCUUCACACUUCGUCAUACGGCGGAAAAUUUACAAUUAACUUAACGUCAUUAUGGAAACGGUGAAGGUCGCCGAGAAGAUGUGUGGAAAAUUGACUUUGCCCGGAAUUGACGAUGCCGGAAACGGAGUGUCCACCCAGGAGAGGCCGCCGCAAGCGGAAAAGGAACUGGAAAAGUCCUGCUGCCCUGCUCGAAUUUCCAAGCUGGAGAGCGAUUUAUUGGCACUGGUGAUUGACAUCCAAGCAGCCGCCGACGCCAAAGAAUCCCUGCGAAGGGAAGAGUUGGAGGGCGCUCGCAAGCUACGUUUAGAGCGCCUGGAGAAAGAAGUCAAGUCCUGCCAGGAGAAGUUUGAGGAGAUCACCGCCAGAUGGUCGUUGGCCGAACAGACAGUCAUCCCUUACGAGCUGCAGGAAACGCUCAAGUGGCAGCAGCUCUUGUGUGCGGAACUUAUCGAAGACAAGAGGAAAGUCAUCAACGACCUCCAGCAGGAGUUGAAGAGUGGAGACGAUUGCUUUGUGAAGGACUUGAGGAGGCAGGCCAACGAGAUUGAUCAGAUGAUGCAACGCUCUGAAGAUCUCGUCAGUCUUCUGACACAGGCCUACAGGGAGGAGCUGGACCAGAUUGAGAGCGUGUACCAGCAGGAGUAUGACAUCCUGCUCACAAAAGACCAGACGGAAUGGGAGCAGUGCGUUCAGGAGCUCUGGGACCAGCAGCAAGAGCGGCUGGCAGAGAGGAAAAGGACUGUGGAGAAGUACGAAGCUAAAAUGUACAACCUGAUGAUGGAUCCAGAAUAUAAGUAUGAUGCGGCCAGGGCUGAGCACUUCGCUCAGCUUCAGGCCCUGGAGAGGGAACAUCAGCAGGCAAUGGCCGACGAUGUGCUCGGUAAUAUCAACUACAUCAAAGACAAGGAUGACAGAGAGAUGUACAACUUAGCCCACAUGAAGAGCAGAAUACUCAGUCUGCAGACCGAGCUGAAGAACUUGCGGCGCACCUACUCGAGUGGCAAGAAACAAUCGGAGGAGCAGAGCAGCCGUUUGUCCGGCGACUACAAACGUGGCAUCGAGCAAUACCAGUGCAUGCAGCAGAGAAUCAAGCACUUUGCUGUCUCUGAUGCCAAGCAAUUUGAGGAAACAUGGCAGAUGCUUGACAAGGAGGUGAGGCAACAAGCCGAGAAGGCUUUACUCAUCGACCGCACGAUUUACAAGCAGCACCUCAAUCUGCCCUGGGCGAGACCUCGAGCGGCUUCGUCCUUGGGACUAUUCGAUCCAGACCACCUUUGGAAACAAGCCAGCACGGAACAGUCCGCGUCGCUGCCGGAAAGCUCUGCUGGGACGGACGGAGCUGCUGCGGCACCGGCGGAGGAGGCGCUGCCCUUGGAUAGCAUCAAGGAACUCAUGGAGUUGCUGUGUGAUGAGUUGGGCUUCCUGACGGAGGACCGACUCCAACUGUUGGCAACCUUGGACAAGAAGGAACAGAAUGUCGUAAAGCUCGAGACUCUUCUCCAAAUUUUGGGGAUUGAAGAGGAGGAUUUACCCAAGUUGGCUGAUUUUAUGCUCAAGUACCAGCAGAGGGAGCAAGCUGAGUUUCUCCUCUUUCAGGUUGGUUCUCCUGGUUCAGAUGAAUCCAGCGACAAAACACAGGAAGGUGCCACCAGCUCGCCGUGUCAUCCCAACCACAUCCUGCCUGCUUUGAAGGAGUUCUUGAAACAUCACCCUCGCUUCAGGAGGAGCCAUGCCACUGGGCAGCCUGGCUACUGGAGCGCAGACAUGUGGGAUUCCUUGGCAGACGAAGCUUAUUGGGAGAGUUUGGCCAACGUCAUCCCUGAGGAUCAACUCAAAGUGUGGGAGUCGGCGGAGCUCGUCCUGAAGAAGCACAUGUACGCAAGUGGGAAGCGAACACGCAUGCGCAAGACGCAUCAAGUCGACUCCUUCCCUUUGUCCUCCAGGGCGGUUCUCACCAAGAUAUUGGAUCGCAUCCCUGAAAUUGAGCGCCUGGAACAGCAGAACGCAGAACUUUGCAGGCUCCUGCAACAAUCUGUUGACUCAUGAGUUUUGGACGUUUGUUUUUACGAACAUCUGUCUUUUUAUCCUGAAUUCCGAAAUUGCGUUGAAAUUUUUAGGCCAAAAAAAAAAAGACCAUGUACAGUAAGGCGUUUUUUGACAAAAAAAAGACCAUGCAUAGUAAGGCGUUUUUGGCCGAAAAAAACGACCACAU